UGGUAUGCUAAUUUUUAUGGCAAUGAGUAUAGAAAUCUAAAAAGUACAUUGUAACAAUCAUUGUCUAGUAAUAAUUCUAGUCCAAAAAUUUUUUUCUUUAACCUUCUCACGACCAGGGUCCUGAUCUCUCAUACCCCUCAUCGUUAAUGAAAAUGACUGGAGUAAUGAUUCGUGUGUACUUUGGUAAAAAUAAUUUUUUAUGAAAUCUAUCGACAACAGAUGUCAGCACUUGACGAGAAUGUAUUGUUUACCCUAUAUUUCACAUGUUUGUGUCCAGGUGGUGUUGUGUUGACCUAUAAAACCAUUGUUUUGAAUUUUCAAAGUUCACUCUUGCUUUCUUGCAUGAAGGCUACUGUUGUGUGUGUUGCAGAUUUAUCGAUUUUUACGAACAUUUAUUUCACAAUCAUGGCAUCAACAUCUAAAAUCCAAAAAGUGUUGGACAACUCUGACCUUUUAGAUAAUAUAGAAAAUUUCUCGGAUACGAUAUCAGAGUCUGACUCUGACCCUGAUGUUAGUGUAUACGAAGGAUCGGAUAAUGAUUCUGAUGAGGAUAUUCCCUCUCCAAGCCUCUCUAAUAACCAUACAAAAUCCAGAAAUGAUGACGAUGAUGAGGACUAUCAGGAGGUUCUUUCUCCGGAGCAAUCUUCUUCACUUCCUUUCACUUUCCUAGAGCUAGCUGGCCCUAAGCACAUGCCACCGCCAGAUUCACCCCCAAUUGUGUAUUUCAAUCUUUUUUUCACAAUGACUUUGCUCAAUCUAAUCGUAACGGAAUCAAAUCGUUACGCACAACAAGUAAUAAAUGGCAUGGGGAAUAAUGUACCGCCCGCUCUGAAGAACUGGACCAAAAUUUCGGUUUUAGAAAUAAAGGGGUUUAUAGCAUGUAUAUUGAACAUGGGAUUAAUCAAAAAGCGUGCAAUAGCAUAUUACUGGUCCACUUCUUCCUCCCAAGCCACUCCAUGGUUUGGGAAAAUGUUUUCAAGAACCCGCUUUUAUCACUUGUUACGUUUUUUCCAUCUCGUCGAUAACUCUAAGUUAUCCGGCCCAGCGGAAGAAGGAUACGAUCCUUGUGCAAAGUUUCAACCGCUGGUCGAUCAUGCUAACAGAGUGUUCCGACAUUACUACACACCACACCAGCAAAUUUGUGUGGAUGAGAGCCUUGUUGGUACCACAAUUAGAACCUCUCUCUUGCAGCACCUUCCAAAAAAACAUCAUCAGUGGGGCAUAAAAUUUUGGAUGCUGUGUGACUCAGUCUCUAAUUACUGCUUGAGUUUUUUCACUUAUAGAAGGGCCAGGACUCAGCAGGAAAAGGACAACAAUUCUAAAUUUGGUCUAGGGUACAGCGUCGUAAAAAAACUGCUUGAGACGGGGAUGUACCUCAAUAAAGGUUAUCAUCUUUUUGUAGAUAAUUUCUUUAUGUCGGUUCCUCUUGUUCGAAAUUUAUAUUCAUUGGGUACCUAUAUCACUGGCACUGUUCGACGAAAUAAAAAGUAUUUACCUGCCCCACUAAAAUCGUCGAAGUUUUCUGUUGGCCAAACAUCCUAUUUUAGAUCUGGCCCAUUGCUAGCCUGUGGCUUCCGAGAGAAAUUGUCACAAAAAAAUCCGGUCUUGCUACUAUCCAGCCAUGCGAGGGCGUGUGAAGGACAAAUUGUUAGGCGCGGAGUGGCUAAGUCAAAGCCACAAAUAAUAUUAGAAUAUAAUAAAUUUAUGGGUGGAGUCGAUACAUCGGACAUGAUGCUGUAUGCGUACUUGGAUGAGAGAAAGACCAUAAAAUACUGGAAGAAGGUUGGGUUCAACAUUAUAGGCAGGAUGGUGUUGAACUCGUAUCUAUUAUACAAGGAAAAUUUUGGAGGCCCAGGAAAAUUAAAAUCAAGGUACGCCUUUUAUAUAUCGAUAAUAGAGAGCUUGGAGGAGGAAUGGAUGGCAACAAAACAACUUCCUCCAGAUCCUCCAGAUCCUCUAGGACCGAGAGAACUAAGAAAAUUACCAAAAAAAAAAAGGAAUCAAGGUGCUGUGUCUGCACUAGUAUGGGACUAAAACGAAGAUCGAGAACAAUCUGCACUCAUUGUUUGAAGGGGUUACAUCCUGAAUGUUACCCAAAGCAUCGUUGCUGAUAGGAUAAAUUUGGACCUGGCAGCAUCAAAAAUGCAUUUUUUUUCUACUCUUUUUCCUAUUUUUUAUGUAUUAAUGUUAAAUUUUGAGUUAAAAAUCAACGUGUUAUAUGUAUGUAUUAUAAUGAUUCGAGAGAACUAAGAAAAUUACCAGAAGGAAAGGAAUCAAGGUGCUGUGUCUGCACUAGUAUGGGACUAAAACGGAGAUCGAGAACAAUCUGCACUCAUUUAAAGGAGUUACAUCCUGAAUGUUACCCAAAGCAUCAUUGCUGAUAGGAUAAAUUUGGACCUGGCAGCAUCAAAAAUGCAUUUUUUUCUACUCUUUUUCCUAUUUUUUG